AAGAAUUGAUAUUUUCUGAAAGAUGGCGCUGGCUAGUGUGCUGAAGAGUGAGUGUGCGGAUUUUGAACAGCCUUUUGCAUUCGGCUGUGAGAUUAACGAUGCUGAUGUCGGCUUCGGGGAGACUUCAGGGGACAGGCUUAAUUUCGCAGUGAAGCCUUUUGAAGGAGAAGAAGAUGGAAUCGAGAGGAAAAUUGAGUUUCUUCACGGAACCACCACCUUAGCGUUCAAAUUUCAGCAUGGCGUCAUCGUGGCGGUGGACUCCCGAGCAACCGCUGGUUCGUACAUCGCGUCACAGACGGUCAAGAAGGUCAUCGAGAUCAACCCGUAUUUGCUGGGCACCAUGGCGGGCGGCGCCGCCGACUGCAGUUUCUGGGAGCGGCUGCUGGCCAGGCAGUGUCGCAUCUACGAGCUGCGCAACAAGGAGCGCAUUUCGGUUGCAGCCGCCUCCAAACUCCUGGCUAACAUGGUGUAUCAGUACAAGGGCAUGGGCCUGAGCAUGGGCACCAUGAUCUGUGGCUGGGACAAGAGGGGGCCAGGGCUCUAUUAUGUGGACUCGGAAGGGAACCGGGUAUGUGGCGAUAUGUUUGCCGUGGGCUCUGGUUCCAUGUACGCCUAUGGCGUCCUCGACAGCGGGCACCGCGCCGACCUGACCAUCGAGGAGGCCUGCGAUCUCGGCCGUCGCGCCAUCUACCAAGCCACCUUCCGCGAUGCCUACAGCGGCGGCCACGUCAACCUUUACCGUGUACACAGCGAGGGCUGGGAGAGGGUCUCUCAGGACGACGUACUCGCGCUCCAUCAUCAAUACCAGAGUCAGAAGGCUUAAAGGCUUAAAGUCUGGGAAGUGACCGAAGGAAGCAAGGUCUCAGAAAGUCAGUUAAAGUGAUUAGAUGCCUGACUGUGGUCCCGGAUAGUCGGGUUUAGUACAGUUUUGGGGCGGAGAAUCAGACCGGGACCAAUUUUUGUGCCCUCGCUUCCUUCAGUCAUCGUAUUUGGUCUUUAGCUUAUGUUUUCCGUGAUGAUCUCACACAGUAGUACACUUUUACACAGCGAGCUGCAGCUCCUCAUGUUUGUUGUGACACAUUGCAUCCUAGUAGCCAGAUUCGAGCUGGUCAGUUCUUAUUACUCCUCACUACAUAUAUAUAUAGAACACUGUUGUGUAUACAUUACUUAAAAUAAAGCCUGGAACUGUUUUUGCUA